ACAGAUCUCAGUAUCUCUCUCUUCUCUUCUGUCUAUUUCUUCUCCUUUCUCCCUCUACAGGACUCCCCGUAUUUUGAGCAUUUAAUUGUUUUUUUUGUGCGUUUUAAGUCGUGCUAACGUGCGCCGGGGAAACACUGCUUGUCCUGCGCCGCCUGAGAUGUCUCCUGAGGAGCUUAGAGCGACGACGCUAGUGAUAAGAAUCUCUCGUUACAGAAGGGCUUAACUAAAGAAAAAUAGUUAAAAGAGAAUCAAAGUAAGAAAAUCGGACGGCGGAGAUUUCACUACUGUUAUUAGUAAUGGACGGUCAGAUGAGUCAGUCGAAGCUUACAAGAACCCAAUCUUCGCUCCUCCGGUCGUCUCCGACCAUCCGAUCGUCCAUUCACAGCCUCUCAUCGGUCGCCGAGGAGGACGUCAUCGCUGCCAUGGACGAGGAGGAGGAGAAGCCCAAGAACAAGAAACCGGUCCGGUCUAGUUCGACCCAGCGAACCGGGCCUAGCCGGCUCACCCAACAUUUUCUCGCCAUGGCCGCGCUAUCCCUCUUGACCUUAUUUUUCUUCUUCUUCUUCUAUCUCAGAAGGGAAGAGAUUUCCACCUCCGAGAAUCUUCUCCUGGCUCUUAUUUUCGUGGCCUUGACGCUCUUCUUGGCAAGCAAGAACAAGAGUUUGAUUCACCAUAGCUUUUCGAUUAUUAAGCACUCGUGUGAGGAGAAUGCGAAGCGGCUCGGAUUCUCCAAGAACAAUGCGGCGACGACUCCGGUCCAGUGGUUCAUCGGCGAUUCGAACGCCAAUAAGGCGCCAAAAGAGAGGCGGAUUAUUCGAGAAGGGGUCGAGUUUUACAGUAAUGGAGAUUUUUACGAAGGUGAGUUUCAUAAGGGGAGGAGUAAUGGGAGUGGGGUUUACAAUUUCUUUGUGAAAGGAAGGUACGAGGGCGAUUGGAUCGAUGGGAGAUACGAUGGGUAUGGGAUUGAGAACUGGGCCAGAGGGAGUCGGUACAAAGGUCAGUAUAGGCAAGGUCAUAGGCAUGGGUAUGGAGUUUAUAGGUUCUAUACAGGGGAUUCUUAUGCCGGAGAGUGGUGUAGCGGACAGAGCCAUGGCGUUGGAGUUCAAACGUGUGCCGAUGGUAGCUGUUUCAUUGGGGAGUUCAAGUGUGGUGUCAAACACGGCCUUGGCUGUUACCAUUUCAGAAAUGGAGAUAGAUAUGCAGGAGAAUAUUUUGGGGACAAAAUUCAUGGAUUUGGGGUCUAUCACUUUGCCAAUGGCCAUUGUUAUGAAGGGUCUUGGCAUGAAGGUCGAAAGCAAGGCUUUGGUAUGUAUAGUUUCAGGAAUGGUGAUACUAGAUGUGGUGAAUGGGAUGCUGGUACGCUUAAGCACUCGUUACCCCCACUAACUGAUGCAGUUCUUAGAGCAGUUCAGGCUGCUAGGAAGACAGCAGAGAAUGCCAUUAACCUUCGCCGGGUGGAUGAACAAGUGAACAAGGCAGUCAUGGCUGCAAACAGAGCUGCCACGGCUGCCAGAGUUGCUGCAGUCAAAGCAGUCCAAAAUCGCAUGGACGGGAAAUUUUGUGAUACAAAUGUCUAAGGCAAAGGCUAGCUUUUGUUUCAUAGUGUAAAUUUUUUUUUUUUUUAACUAAUUUUAAGUACUUUGGAAAAUGUCACCCCGGUCAGCAAAAGCUCAUUGGAGGUUGAGAAAAUGUGAGGGAAACAAAAUGAAAGAAAAAAAGAAAGUAAAAAAAGAGUAUGCUUGAAGUUUCCAUGAUGACGAUGAUGAUCCAACUGUAACUUGUACAUACACUGUAAAAAUCAAUGGAAUAUGAGAUUUGAAGGCUUAUUUUA